AUGAAUCGUUAAGCUUAUCUCAGUAAGAUCUCUUCUUCUUCUUCUUCCUCUUUCUUUCUUUUUUGGGGUUCCUGUGACAAUUGUUCUGUAUUCUACAUGGAUUAUAAUGAUAUUGGUUAAUCUCAUAACACAAACAUAUAAAAGAAGAAGAAGACCAAGUGGAAGGAAAAAUGUCAGGUAUCUCUCUCGCUACUGCUACUAGAAAUGAGCCUAAUGAGGCCACCACAAAAGCUAUGAAGCCCCAGCAAACGCCCCUCGAAAAACAGGAGCAAACUAUGAUGGGGGGUGUAAUGGGAUCAUUGCGUGUGAUAGAGCUCCAACUAGUUGCUUUCAUAAUGGUUUUCUCAGCAAGCGGGCUUGUCCCACUUCUUGAUUUGGUAUUUCCAGCUUUUGCUUCUGCUUAUUUUUUAGUACUGGCUCGGCUGGCCUUCCCUUCAAAUGGCCGAGUCAGUUCAGGCUCGCAAGAUAUAUUUCAAGGAAGCAAGUUCUUUAGGUUGUAUGUGAUUGUGGGAACCGCAGUGGGACUGUUCUUGCCCCUGGCAUACGUGUUGGGUGGGUUCGCAAGAGGCGAUGAUCAUGCUGUUCGGUCAGCAACACCUCACUUGUUCCUGCUCUCAUUUCAGAUACUGACUGAGAACAUCAUCAGCGGGUUGUCACUUUUUUCGCUGCCGGUGAGAGCAUUAGUUCCAUUGCUUUACACAGUGAGAAGGAUCUUUGUUAUCGUUGAUUGGAUACAGGAUGUGUGGCUUAACAAAACUCUACCAUCCAAUGCACAAGUCAAGGACAUUGGCUGGUAUUGGUUUGGGAGGAUUCUAGCAGCUAUGAACCUUCUAUAUUUCUCUAUCAAUCUUUUCGGAUUUUUGAUUCCUCAGUUCCUUCCUCGGGCCUUCGAGAAGUAUUUCCAGGAAAGGAAUGAAACUCACGCGAAGAUGGCAGAGGACAAGCGUUCUCCUGCUGCAAACAAACCCCAACCAACAGAUAAGAAAGCUGAUUAGCAUUCUUUGCUGUUUGUUUUUGCAGUAGCUCUGAGUAGUGGGUCUAUUUAUGUUAAAAUGCCUUCUUUUUUGCUUGAAUGAUUCUUGAAAGGAGAAAUAUGCAUUUGCAAUAAAUUACAUUGAUCAUGCAUAUUUGAGUUUCUCUGUUUUCUUGGAGGAAAGCAAUAAAUAUUGUUCACCCUUUUAAGCUAA